CACUGCACUCCAGCCUGGGCGACAGAGCGAGACUCCCUCUCAAAAAAAAAAAGAAGAAGAAGAAGAUAGGCGCCCUGGGCUAGGCUUUGAUGAUGCUUUUGCUUUCUCCCCACCCAUCUCUGAGCUGUGCUGGACUCAGCAAUCAGUAGCAGUGGGGGUGAGAGAAGUGCAGAUGCUACCAGGAUGUGGAGUCUCUUCCUCCUUGGGAAAUGGGUGGAGGCUAAGCAGGGGGAUAGAUAUGUGUGGGUAUUGGGGAAGCACUGAAGAUUCUGGAGAGGAAAGUGUAUCAGUGAUUGGCCCACUGGAUUUUAAUUUUUGGAAAAGAGUGAGUGAUGACAGAGAAGCUAAUGGCAUUGAAAUAAUUUUUAUUACUUUCAUUUCCUUAGUGCAGGGGGAAUGCCAUGCUGCACUAGGCCACAGGAAAUGCUAGAUUUGGUCAGGAGGCAGAGGCAUGACUGAAGGGAAAGCAUACAUCAGAGACCAUAUUGGGGUUUUGGCAGGAAAGGCAUGCAAGGCGGGAUGAGGAGCUUCAAAUUCGGUGGUUUGCAUAAGUCUGGCAGCCUUAGGGCUUAGAGAUUAUCCUUUAUUGUGUGGUGACAGGGCUUGUGUUGAUUAGGAUAGGAGAAAUAAUCAUGUAUGAGCAUUAGAUAGUGGUUCAGCAUAUGGGAUCUGGAUUGCAAGGGAAAUAUAAAAACAUUGGCUGUUAGUUUGGCCCUCCAAUUCUCAGAUUUUAAGUAGAUAAAUAUAGAUCUAAGGAAACACAGAAGAAGAAGUUGUUCACAGACUGAAGUGUCAUAAUUUUGGCAGGAGUGUAUGUGGUCUUUGAGGAUGUGGCCAUAUUUCUCCCGGGAGGAAUGGGGGAUCCUUAAUGAUGCUCAGAGACACCUGCACAGCAAUGUGAUGUUGGAGAACUUUGCACUUUUGUCAUCAGUAGGUUGUUGGCAUGGAGCCAAGGAGGAGGAGGUACUUUCCAAGCAAUGUGUUUCUGUAAGAGUGUUACAGGUCACAGCUCCAAAGCCAGCUUUGUCCACCCUGAAGGCCCAGCCCUGCAAGACAUGUAGCUCACUUCUGAAGGAUGUUCUGCACCUGGCUGAGCACGACGGAACACACCCUGAGCAAGGGCUGGACACAUGUGCAGCAGAGCAUGACCUGCAGCAAAAGGAGCAGGCUAGAGAGAAGCUCACCAGAAGUGAUGAGUGGAGGCCUUCAUUUGUGAACUACAGUGCUCACGGGGGAGAGAGGAACUUCACAUGCACACAGGGUGGCAGGGAUUUUACUGCCAGCUCAGACCUUCUCCAGCAACAUGUCUUGAACAGUGGGCGGAAGCUCUACAGGGAUACUCAGGAUGGGGAAAACUUUCAAGGUAAACAGAAUGAUUUCAACUCCAGCCAAGGUGGGAAAGACUUUUGCCACCAACACAGGCUGUUUGAGCACCAAAAAACCCAUAAUGGGGAGAGGCCUUAUGAGUUCAGUGAAUGUGAGGAAUUGUUUAGGUACAACUCCAACCUUAUUAAAUAUCAGCAAAAUCAUGCUGGAGAAAGGCCUUAUGAGGGCACUGAAUAUGGAAAGACCUUUAUUAGAAAGUCCAACCUAGUUCAGCACCAGAAAAUUCACACUGAAGACUUUCUUUCAAAAAGGUCUGACCCCAUUGAACAUCAGGAGAUUGGCAGUAGACCAACACCUCAUGAAUGCACCCAGUGUGGGAAGGCUUUCCUUACACAGGCUCAUCUGGUUGGUCACCAGAAAAUCCGUACUGGAGAACAGCCCUACGAAUGCAGCAAGUGUGGGAAAUGUUUUAUGUAUAACUCUAAACUCAUUAGACAUCAGAAAGUUCACACUGGGGAGAGGCACUACGAGUGUAGCAAAUGUGGGAAAUUGUUUGUGGACAGCUCCACACUUGGUAGACAUCAGAGAGUUCAUACAGGAGAAAGGCCUUUUGAAUGCAGCAUAUGUGGAAAAUUCUUUAGUCACCACUCCACACUCAGUAUGCACCAGAGAGUUCAUACUGGCAAAAAGCCUUGUAAGUGUAAUGAAUGUGGGAAAGCCUUUAGCCUCAAACAUAAUGUUGUUCAGCACCUGAAAAUUCACACUGGAGAACGGCCUUAUGAGUGCACUCAAUGUGGGAAGGCCUUUGUUAGAAAGUCCCACCUAGUUCAGCACCAGAAAAUCCACACUGAAGCAUUUUCAAAAAGGUCUGACCUCAUUCAACACGAGAGGACUGACGUCAGGCCAAGGCCUUACGGGUGUAGUGAAUGUGGGAAGGCCUUCCUUACACAGGCUUAUCUCGAUGGUCACCAGAAAAUCCAUACUGGAGGACGGCCUUAUGAAUGCAGCGAAUGUGGGAAAUUCUUUUUGGACAGCUACAAACUUGUUAUUCAUCAGAGAAUUCACACUGGAGAAAAGCCUUAUAAAUGCAGCAAAUGUGGGAAAUUCUUUAGAUAUCGCUGUACACUGAGUAGACAUCAGAAAAUUCACACUGGAGAAAGACCUUACGAGUGUAGUGAAUGUGGGAAAUUUUUUAGAGAUAGCAACAAACUCAUUAUUCAUCAGAGAGUUCAUACGGGAGAAAAGCCUUAUGAGUGCAGCAACUGUGGGAAGUUUCUUAGAUACUGCUCUACAUUCAUUAAACAUCAUAAAGUUUGCAAUGGGGAGAAGACUCAUGAGUGCAAUAAAUGUGGGGAAUUGUUUAGGAUUACAUCGAGCCUUAUUACACAUCAGCAGUCUCACACUGGAGAAAGUCCUUUUAAGUUAAGGGAAUGUGGAAAAGACUUCAGCAACAAAUGUAAUAAUGGUCAGUGCCAAAAAAUUCACACUGGAGAAAGGUCUCAUGACUGUGGUGAAUGCAGCAAAGUGUUUAAAUACAAUUCCAGCCUCAUUAAACAUCAGAGAAUUCACACUGGAGAAAGGGCUUAGGGCAGUGAAUGCAGGAAAGUCACCAAAAUCGUCACCUCAUUCAGCAUGAAAAAGUUCACAUCAGAGGAAGAACCUAUUAGUAUAUGUAAAUCUAAUGUUGAAAGAGUUCAGACAGAAAUCUGCGAGGAUUUCCUGCUGGGAACUAUGUUAAAAACAUUUAUGGUCAGGCAUGUGGCUCACGCCUGUAAUCCCAGCACUUUGGGAGGCAGAGGUGGACGGAUCACCUGAGGUCAGGAGUUUGAGACCAGCCUGGCCAACAUGGGGAAGCACCCAUCUCUACUAAAAACACAAAAAUUAGCCGGGCAUGGUGGUGGGUGCCUGU